GCGACCUCACUCUCAGGCAUCAGUUCCCUUGAGGUGAGUUUUCUUUUAGAAUAGUCCAGGGGGAGAGGUAAGGAGUGGGAGGCAGAGCCAAGUUCAGGGAGAGGGAUUCCAGGAGAGAAGGGAAAGGGACUGGGUCCAGCCUGGAGGUCUCUCCCUGCUUUCCUCAGACCGUCUCUGUGUCAGGACUCAGGGAGACCAUGUGAGGAAGAGCGCUCAGUGCAGGAGGAGAGGGGUCAGGGCUAAGUCCCAGGUCCCAGGGAAUGGCUCUCUGGGGCUCAGGCCCGAGGGCGGUGUCUCCUGGGGAAGGCGAGCCUUGGGGAUUCCCCAUGUCCCGGGAGUUUCACUUCUCCCCCUCACAAUCUGUGUCAGGUUCUACCUGUACACUCUUAACGCGUCCCCAGUCCUCACUCCCACUGCGUGUCCGAAUUCCGGAGAAGCCAAUCACCGUCGCCGCGAUUCCAGAUUAUAAAAUCCCCAAGGACCUGAAGGGGUCAAAUUCUCACAAAACGCGAGGACUGUCAUGGCGCCCCGAACCCUCCUCCUGCUGCUCUCGGGGGCCCUGGUCCUGACCGAGACCCGGGCGGGCUCCCACUCCCUGCGGUAUUUCUACACCGCCGUGUCCCGGCCCGGCCGCGGGGAGCCCCGCUUCAUCGUCGUCGGCUACGUGGACGACACGCAGUUCACGCGGUUCGACGGCGACGUCGCGAGUCCGAGGAUGGAGCCCCGGGCGCCGUGGGUGGAGCAGGAGGGGCCGGAGUACUGGGAACAGAACACACGGAACGUCAAGGACACCGCACAGAAUUUCCGAGUGUGCCUGAACAACGUGCGCGGCUACUACAACCAGAGCGAGGCCGGUGAGUGACCCCGGGCCUGAGUCGCAGGUCACGAGCCCCUCAUCCCUCACGGACGGACGGGGAUCGCCCCGAAUGUCCGAGUCUCAGCUUUACUCUGAAGCUUCGGGGUCCGCGGAGACGCAGGACCGGAGAAGGGCCAGGCGACUUUCAUCCGGUUUCAUUUCCGGUUUAGACUAAAGUCCGGCCGGUUGGUCGAGAUGGGGCGGGGCUGGCCGGGGGCGGGGCUGACUUCGGGGGCGAGGCUGACCUCGGGGGCGGGGCCAGGUUCUCACACUUUCCAGAGGAUGUAUGGCUGUGACGUGGGACCGGGCGGGGACCUCGUCCGCGGGUACCUUCAAUACGCCUACGACGGCGCCGAUUACAUCGCCCUGAACGAGGACCUGCGCUCCUGGACCGCGGCGGACGCGGCGGCUGAGAUCACCCAGCGCAAGUGGGAGGCGGCCGGUUGGGCGGAGCAACAGAGGGCCUACCUAGAAGGAGAGUGCGUGGAGUCGCUCCGCAGACACUUGGAGAACGGGAAGGAGACGCUGCAGCGCGCAGACCCACCAAAGACACACGUGACCCACCACCCCAUCUCUGACCAUGAGGCCACCCUGAAGUGCUGGGCUCUGGGCUUCUACCCUGCAGAGAUCACCAUAACCUGGCAGCGUGAUGGGGAGGACCAGACCCAGGACACGGAGUUUGUGGACACCAGGCCUGCGGGAGAUGGAACCUUCCAGAAGUGGGCGGCUAUGGUGGUGCCUUCUGGGGAGGAGCUGAGAUAUACGUGCCAUGUGGAGCAUGUGGGGCUGCCUGAUGCCCUCACCCUGAGGUGGGAGCCGCCUCCUCAGCCCACCGUCCCCACUGCGGCCAUUGUUGCUGUCCUGGUUCUCCUUGGACUUGUGGUCGCUGGAGCUGUGGUUGUAGGUGUUGUGAUGUGGAGGAAGAAGAGCUCAGGUGUAAAAGGAGGGAGUUAUGCUCAGGCUGCUAGCAGUGACAGUGCCCAGGGGUCUGAUGUGUCUCUCAUGGCUUGUAAUGCAUGAGACAGCUGCCUUGUGUGGGACUGAGUGAUGCUAGAUUUGUUCCUGCCUCCCCUUUAUGACUUAAGAUGCCUCUUUCUGCAAAUGGCAUCUGAAUGUGUCUGCUCUCCUAGUAGUAUAAUGUGAGAUGUGGAGGACCAGCCCACCCCUAUCCACCAAGACCUCUUCUCACCCUGACCUGUGUUCCUUUUCCAAUCAACUUGCCUCUAAGCAGAAGUGGGGCUGGGAGGUCUCCACCCCUGUCUCAACUUCAUGGUACACUGAGGGGCAACUUUUUACUUCUCUCAUGAAAAUAAGAAUCUGUUUGUUUUUUCAAAUUCUUGCUGUGAGGGGUUGACAGAUUAAUUGAAAAGAAGGAAGAUUUGUAAAAUUUGAGAGUGGAAAUAAAUGGAAACAAUGAAAACUUUCUAGAA